UUGCACUUGUGAGAGCAAACAAAGCACUAGGUGACUUACUUUGAGGAAUAAGUAUAGCUGGAAAGCUAAGGAGCUUUUCUGGGGAUUGAGAUGAGAAUAUUUCUUUGUCACGAAAUGUGCUCAGUCAAGGAAGAUUUGUCACACCUGCUGCUGAGAUAGCUCAGUAUGUCAUCUGCCGUUUGUGCUGGCUGUAUCUUUCCUGAGUAGCAGUGUUUGUGAUGGCAGUGGAUUGCAAACAAAGUCUGUGCCAGAUUUACGUGUGCAAGAUGCAGUACCAAGCACAGGCUUCAAAACAGAUUUUAGUUAGACUGUUUGGACCUGCUUUUUGAGAGUGUGGAGCAGUGUUAAACGGGCUUAUUGCAGCCCAGAUUUGGGUGGUAAGAUAGUGAACUGGGUACCAGUGCCCCUUCCUUGCGUUUCAGCAAGACCUGCCUAAAGAAUGUUUUUUCAGUAAUUCUCCUGUUUAUUUAUCUGCUACUCAUGGCUGUAGCUGUAUUCCUUGUCUACCAAACCAUCAGUGACUUCAGGGAGAAGCUCAAGCACCCCGUGAUGUCUGUCUCUUACAAAGAAGUGUCCUUGUACGAUGCACCUGGUAUUGCCUUCUACCCAGGCAAGGCUCAGCUGCUUAGCUGCAAGCAUCAUUACUAUGAUCACAUUCCGCCUCUGGUAAAUCCAGGUCAGCAAGGAAAAAUUGAGUGCUCCACUUGGAGAAUCAACUACACAGAUCCUUUUACUAAUCAAACGAUGAAGUAUGCUUUGGUUGUUCAAGGCCCUCGUGAUGUGAAGAAAAAGGAACUGGUAUUUUUGCAGUUUCAUUUAAAUGAAACAGACCAAGAUUUUAGUGCCAUUGACUACCUUCUGUUUUCUUCUUUCCAAGAGUUCAUCAACAGCCCAGAAAAAGCAGAAUUCAUGAAGGACUGUGAAAGUUCGUACUCCAGCUGGAAGUUUUCCGGAGGCUUUCGAACUUGGGUCAAGAUGUCCUUGGUGAAAACAAAGGAAGAAGAUGGUAGUGAGACUGUUGAAUUCAAACAAGAGACUAGUGUGGUUAACUAUAUUGACCAGAGGACUAAACCAAGAAGUGACCAGCUGUUUUUUGUCGUCUUUGAAUGGAAAGAUCCUUUUAUACAGACUGUGCAGGAUAUAAUCACAGCAAAUCCUUGGAACAUGAUUGCUCUUCUCUGUGGCAUCUUUUUGGCUCUGUUUAAGGCAGCAGACUUUGCUAAGUUAAGUGUUAAGUGGAUGAUCAAAAUCCGAAAGAGACAUCUGAAGAGGAGAAGUCAAGCAAUGAACCACAUAAGCUGAGACUAAGACUGCCUUUUAACUAUUCACAGCAGAAGGGACAGAAAAUAACUGGAAUGAACUUCAUUCAGUGAGACAGCAGUUAAAGAUGUAAACCAGGUAUGUUUUCUUCAGGAAAAACACAGCUGCUGGAGUAACAGCCUAGCGAACUGACGUUUGAACUUCAGAACAGAGCUAACUCUAGACAGGGCUAACAAACUCAUGCUUUUCUAUUCCAAACUUAACAAGCUUACCUCAAUGUAUGAGGGGAGUGGGGAGAGAGGAGAAAAUUCACUAAUAUGCUGUAGCAGUUAAAUUCUUUAUAUAAAAAAAAGACAGUUUUGAAUGCUUCUCAGAACAGGAAGCUAUUUAACUUCUGCAUGAGCUGUGACCUGCAUCUGCUACCAGAAUGCAGUUACUUCUUUGACUGUUAAGUGGAAGGGAAAGACCAUGCAAAAAAAAAACAGUCUGGCCUCCCCUCUCCAAAGUGUGUCUUAAAACAAAAUACACUGGAAUUCUAUUACAUGUCACUUUUGAUUUAAAGUGUAUUGACUUUAAUAUUAAAACAGACCAACACGUUCAAUUAA